AAUGGGUCAGAGGUUAACUGAGUGGCAGCCGGUCCACCGGGUUAGGCUCCUGCUCGGUAGGCUGGGUGGGCGGCCAGUUUGGAAGGAGGGCGGUUCCUCCCGGGGCGAUCUGGAACUACGAAGGGGAACCAAGAUAGGUCGCGCACGGGACGGAAGAACACAGUGAAUAGAGGGGUGGACUUGCGCAAAGCUGUGAGCUGAUCUGUGUGGCAUCCCCUCACAGGUCUCCUGAUGAUGGGUUGCAGUCCUGCAUUUGCUAUGCAGCACAUUGUGAGUGUGCCCCAUGUACUGAUACGGAGAGGCCUCCUUGGAAGGGACUUUGUUAUAGCCAGGACUCUCUGCAGCCCAGGCCCCACCCAGCCCGGAGAGAAGCGCCCUGAGGAGGCAGUCCUGUAUCAUCGUCUCCCAGCUCUGGGGAGAGCCCUGGGGCGAAGCAUUCAGCAACGAGCUGCCUCCAUAGCCAAGACUUGGUGGGACAGAUAUGAAGAAUUUGUGGGGCUCAAUGAAGUGCGAGAGGCCCAGGGAAAUGUGACUGAGGCAGAGAAAGUGUUCAUGGUAGCUCGUGGGCUUGUCCGAGAGUCUCGGGAGGACUUGGAAGUUCAGCAGACCAAGCUGAAGGAGGUGAGGGACCGCUUGGACCGUGUCUCCAGGGAGGACAAUCAGUACCUGGAAUUGGCUACUCUGGAGCACAGGAUGCUGCAGGAGGAGAAGAGGCUCCGCAUAGCCUAUGUGGGUGCAGAAGACUCUGAGCGUGAGAAGUUCUCUCUCUUCUCUGCAGCUGUGCGGGAGAGCCAUGAGAAGGAGCGUGCAAGGGCUGAAAGGACUAAGAACUGGUCCCUCAUCGGGUCAGUUCUGGGAGCCCUGAUUGGUGUGGCUGGCUCCACCUAUGUGAACCGUGUACGGCUACAGGAGCUGAAGGCCUUACUCCUGGAGGCACAGAAGGGACCCCUGAGUCUCCAGGAGGCCAUCCGUGACCAGGCAGCUAGCUACUCCCUCCAGCAGAGGGACCUCCGUGACCUCGUGGUGGACCUGAAGGGGCUGGUGCAUACCGGGCAGGGCCAGGGCUCUGGGUCACCAGCAGGUGUUUCCACUACCAGAGAGAGACACACAGAUUCCCUUUCAUCUGCCUUACAAGAGCAGCUUAGUCAUUCCCAGCAGGUCUAUUCUUGUCUAGAAGGUUUACGAGAGCAGCUCAAUGGUCUGGAUAAGACUUGCAGCCAAAUGGUUGGGGUGAUUCGGCUUGCAGAGGCCACAGCACACCCAGGCCUGGAGAAGCCAGGAGACGGGGCUCUUCCCAGCUCCUUGCUGGCACACGGGAGCAUGAUCUUGGCCCUAUCCAACAUGGAACAGAGGCUGGAAGCCCAAGUGAACAGAAACACUAUCUACAGCACAUUGGUCACUUGUAUGACAUUUCUGGCCUCACUGCCCGUGCUCUACAUGCUGUUCAAGGCCAGCUAACCCUUUGGAUCUGCCUCCUCAUGGCCUAUGGGGUGAAAGUGGCUUUCAUUGAUGAAUCCGAGCAAUGAAGUGACUCUUGAGGUGUACUAGCCUCAGCACCGUUCAUGUGGCUCACAGAAGGCAUACUUUGCUUUGUAGGUAAUUCUUAUUCACCCUAAUUAUCAAAACAAUGUGCUCAUGUUUAUUAAAAUGUCUUACAGUUUAUAUUAUUUAAAAUAAG